AGCAGCUUCGCGCACACGCACGCGCCUGGCAUCCCCCACCAGAGCCGCCGUUCUCUCUUGGCGGUGUCUCUCCGGCGGAGCAGGGAGCAGUGGCUCGUCCCUCACCGCGCGAGGAGCUGGCACCUGGCGUGGAGGGCGCAGGAGAAGACAGAGGAUGAGGGCCGUGGUGCAGCGCGUCCUCUCGGCCAGCGUCGAGGUGGAGGGGCGAGUAGUGUCGGCGAUCGGUCCUGGACUCCUCAUACUCGUCGGCGUCCACGAGGCGGACACCGACUCCGACGCCGACUACAUUUGUCGGAAGGUCCUCAACAUGAGGCUAUUUCCUAAUGAGAAGACUGGGAAAGCAUGGGAUCAAAGUGUUAUGCAGCGUAGCUUUGAAGUCCUAUUAGUCAGUCAGUUUACAUUAUAUGGCAUCCUGAAGGGUAACAAGCCAGAUUUUCAUGUGGCUAUGCCACCUGCAAAAGCAAAACCGUUCUAUGCUUCUCUAGUCGAAAAAUUUCAGAGGUCAUACUCGGCCGAUUCAGUGAAAGAUGGCAUUUUUGGAGCAAUGAUGAAGGUUUCUUUGGUAAAUGAUGGCCCAGUGACAAUGCAAGUCGAUUCACCCUCACUGCAAGGCGCUGCUCAGUCAAGCAACGACGAUGAUGGUUUGCUUAGAGAUGGUGAAGCAAGAGUACCUAAAGAGACAUGCUAAAUUCCCUGAUCAAUGUUCUCCGUUACAUUAUGCUCAUGCAGAAUUUUGACUUUGGGGUUGGAGCUGAAAGAAGCCAUAUGCUGUGCUUCUCUCUGACUUGUUGAUCCCUGAGGAAUAUCAGUCUUGAUUUUUGUUACAAGUUGACAUGGAUCCUGUCAUUUGCACUCAAAUUUAUGUAAACCUUUUAGAUGUUUGUCAUUGGAAGUCACUUCCAACAUUGUAACAGGCAGUCCAGACUAAUUGCUUGUUAUCCUAUUCAUUUUCUUGUGUGGGAUGCUAGAGCUCAUUAUAUGAGAGCACUAAUAUGAGAUAAUUGUAUGAAUGGAUAGACUGAAAAUGCAUAUGGUCACAUGAA